AUGGCAGUCUGGUUCUCCAAGCAGGCGCGACACAAUUUCGCGUCCACUGGGGCGUUUUGGCCAACCAUUCGUCUGUGUUCAAGGGGCAUGCAAAGUCUUCCUCAACCCCAAACCCCCGAGCCACUCGUCGAAGGCUGUCCUGUCGUUGAACUCUAUGACGACCCGCGAGAUAUCGAAAAUAUUCUUCGUGUGCUCUACGACCCGGUCUUGUUUAUCUCCCCCAAACAGUCCUCGUUCGCAAUGGUGGUCUCGCUCGUUCGCAUGGGACGCAAAUACGAGUUCGACAAGCUUUGGAUCGUAGGGCUACUAGUUCUGCUGGAGGCUGGUAUACCAAUGACGCUGGCCGAAUACGACGGCCUCCGCGACGCGUCAUACGAGCUGGGAUUCACCGACAAGCAUCCUGGCCUGUACAUCGACAUCCUCAAUUUACUCCGAGAGCACAACAUCCUCGCAUUCCUGCCCUCCGUGUACUACAUUGUCAUCCAGAAGUAUUCUGUGCAGCAGUUGUUUGACGGGGUUCCGCGCGGAGACGGCACGACUGCGGUUCUCACCACACAAGAUCUACGACAAUGUAUGCUGUCCAGAGACAAAAUACGGCGGGCGCAGUUCCAGCCUGGCUACGCGCUUUCGUGGCUCAGCCCAACUCCGCUCGACACCAUUGGUGGCGCGCCAUCCUGCCUUGCGUUUCGCUCACGGAACAUGCCGGCCUACGCGACAACUUCGGCCCUCUGUCUGCUCGACCCGGAGCUCUCCGAUAACGUACACAAGAUGUUGAGACGCAAUGGGCUGUGUUCAACCUGCUGCGACGAAGCGCGUGCGGUGCAGAAGGCUGGUAGACAGAAAGGCUGGGAGGAUCUACCGAGUUUCUUCGACCUCGCGCCAUGGAGCGAACUGGCGUUCGAGUUGAAGAUCAUAAUGGGGGGGCCGAGGGAGGAGGGCAUGGAAUGGGAUUUCCUGUAA